AUAACAAAGUAGUGGGAUGGAAUGUACCGAGAAAGCGGUAAACUUAUGUCAGAGUGUCUUCUGUCUGACUGGAGCCUCGGCUCAGCCUCCCUGUUCUAUUUCUGCGGUGUAACUCGGUGAAUUUCAGCACACAGCAGCACUAUUUGCGCCGAGGAGGAAGCGUGCAGCGAGUAAAGCGGCACUGCGGCAGCGGCGUAUCACUGCGCCCGGGUCCUGAAGCUCGGCUCUGGGCAGAGGAGGAGGAGGAGAGACCCCGUGCUUUUUCCUCUGCGGGAUUUAUUUUGCCAGCUCCAAACCUUGUUGUGCUUUCUCUUUUUAAUAGUGACCGGAGGCCUGCAACUUGUCCGGAAGGUCCCUCGCUCCACUCGCAAGGGUUUGCAUUUCUUGGUUUUGCAUGACGUGUCUUUGGAAAAGAAAGGGGAAAAAGCCAGGGUUUGCUUUUGUUGCGUGUCUUAUAGUGGGAAUGAAGCUCGGAGCCUGCCGGAGCAGGAGGCAGUGCCAGUCCGCUGCUGCUGCCGCCGCCGCCGCCGCUGCUGCUGCUGCUGUGGGCUGGACUGUAUUACAGAGCCUGAGAUCUCUGCUGACAGCACAGGCAGACAAAAAGAGACUGUGAGCGAAGACGAGGCAAAGAGUCUUUUACUGAGCCACACAAGCCAGGGCGAGUGCUGUACAACACAGUUACCACACAUAAGCGCUAUUUGGGGACUUAUUUGUGCAGUGUGUUGGCACAGGGCAUCAGGUUGAAGGUUUAGGGAUUGUGGUAAACAGAUGGAGAAAAAAAAAGAUUUAGGCUGUGUAAAAAAAAGAAGUGGAUUUGUCUUUUUAGAGACUGUUUUUAGAAGGUGAAAUAUCUGCCUGCAGGGGGGAUAUUUGUGAAUGGUUGCUGCAUACUUUAAUGUCAUGGUAUUCCAGCAUGGUACAGAUGGCUGUCCAUUGGUCAGCAAUUUGCUUUUCCUAUGGUUUUGAUUGCACAGGUAUGAAACAUUUGCAUUGUGUAAAGGCAUCAUGUGUGGCACAGACGAGCUCCGUUCUGUGACAACCUGUGCUCAAGAAGACAAUGCAAAGUUAAAGAUAAUGGAGUCAUGUCACAGACAGCUGCUGCAGAAUAGGUGUGAAGAAUCACCAUGUGUGUGUGUGUCUUCAGUGAUGUCCAGCAGCCUUCGUGAUCAGUCAGAAGACUGAGGCGUUGGGAACGGCUGCUGUUAGUUGAUUCACUUCUGCUCCAUGUACAAUGCCAUGUCUGUGAUGUAAUGGAGGUGAAUUGAUAUUCUGGGCACAGGCCAUAUAUGUUUCAGACUACAAUGCCAGUGAGGACUUCCAGUGGCUUUAGGCCUGGAGUCUAAUCUGUGCCUGGACAAUUGUCCACAAUAAGACUGAACGCUGCAUUUUAAUACCAUAGAGCAGACACAUGCCUUCAGUGUCCGGCGGUAAAGUUGUGGGUCCCUGAGCAGCACGGUCAAGAAAUGGAGAGUGUUUUAAUGGAGUCUGGAGUGUGUUUAUAUAAUCAGCAUGUCCAUUAGCAGAAUAUUUGCAAAUGUGUGUGUUUAAUGUUUGGGUUUUAGAUGAGGGGCUCUGAUAUGCUAAAUAAUCUCGGAAUAAAAGUAUCUCUGAGAGCAUUUUAGCCAAGAUAUUAUUAUUAUAUUUAAAGAGUUUUAUAUUAAUAUAAUAUUAUUUGUGUAUAAAUGACGUGGGUUUUGUUUGUUAUCAAGUAUUUUUCUUCAGUGUUAAUGCUAUUAUUGAUUGUUUAUAUAGUAAUGUGCUUUUCUGUGUGAAACUUUAUUAAAAUUAUUGCAACUUGAUUCAGACAAAAUAACAUUCAGAAGUGCAACAACAUUUAAUGUUUAAUUUAAUUAAGGUUUUAUUUUAAAACUCCAAACCAACCAUGAAUAUCCCAGAACUGUGCACAGAGGUUUACUCUUAAACCUUUACAGGUCGUAACCUUUGCAUAUGUUCAGCACAGCGUACAUGGACAGAAGUUUAUGUUGCAGUGUUAACGGCGACACCCUGCAGAGUAUAACGCUGAUACAUAAUUAAUUGAGGGGAUAAAAUGAUUGCCAACACAGCUGAGCUUACAAGCUUGGCAGAAGUGUCGGAGAUAGCAGUGAAAGAGCACUUAGGACACAUAAUCAUCUCAUCUCCAGACUUAAUGGCCUGGCACUGUGAGAAUAUGCCGUAUACUCUGCAGAUGAGACUCCCGACACUUUAAUAAAACACUCAUCUUACAUUGUGUAGAAUGGCAGGAGCCUUCUGUGGAGUUUGAAGCCCCUUUUUGGAGAAUGGCUCAUUGGCUGAAUGCACAGUUAAACCUGCUGAGUGAACAUGUUGCAAAUGUCUGCUGUCUUCUCUCUCUCUCUCUCUCUCUCUCUCUCCUCGUCUUUGUCUUGCAGGAGGGUGAGUUUGCUGACCUUGGGUAAGAAGAGCUGGUUUCGCUUUUGAAGAAAGAUGUGGCUUCACCUGCUCGGCUCACCGCGGGGGGACGUGUUCAUCGACAAGUCAUUUGCUCUAACUUAAAACGCUUUUCCUCUGGUGGAAUUGACAGCUUGGUGAUAUUGUGUUUAAUAGAUCAUUUUACACCUGUCGUAGGAUUUGAUGGACUGCCUUAGGGGAUCUGUGCUUGGAACAUAGCUUUGGUUCAGUGACUUAAUGCGGGUUUGCCUUACCUAUAAAAGGCAGCUUCAGCUGGUGGAUAUUACAUGGUUACUCUGGAUCCAGUACAUUGAUAACAUUCACUUGGAUAUCGUGGAGGUUCUCCUGAAGGGGGUUUUUCGCACCAGUGGAGCUUGAAGUGUCAGUGUGUGGCACUUGAAGAAUUGAAUUCUCUCUAAAACCAGCACUCGUUGGGAGGUUUUUUAAUAAAGGACAUGGAUGGCCCUCGAUCCAGCGGCUUACGCAAGAAGAGAAAGUCGAGGUCGGAGAGGAAUCGUGACAGGAGGUCAAACGGGAUAAGGAACAACCAUGUCAAGGAUUCAGUGUUUCGCUUCUCCUCUGACUCAGAGCAGGAAGGUGAGAGGGAACCCUCCUCGUCUCGCCCACGGCCACCGCGCAGGAAGAAAAAGGAGUCUUCUUCUGCGGAGGAGGACAUCAUUGAUGGCUUCUCCAUUGUUGGCUUUGUCACCCUGGAAGCUCUAGAGAAGAACUCAACCCUGAAGCCACGUGACUGCAGUGAGAACCAGGCAGGGCCUCUCCACAAGAAGAAGCAUGUCAGAGUGCCCAACGGCCUGAGUCUGGAGAACUACAGGAACAAUCACCACCACCAGUCGUCUGACCAGGAGAACAAUCCCCGCCUGGCGCACAAACAAGGCAAGAGGAAGAAGAAACGCCGGAACAAGAAGCACUCAGCGCUGAAGCCAGGACAAAGAAACUGUAAAGACAGCGACAGUGAAAGUGUCAGUGAAGCGUCGAAGCCUUCCUUCAGGAGCAGCUCCAGAGACAGACUGACAGAUUGUGACACAGAGAGUGACCAAGACAACAAGGUCUCUGAUGCUGCCUCGGAGAAUUUUUUCAGCACAGCUGCAGUUAAAGGUCCAGAUUUUAGCAUCAGUGCAAUCUCCAAUGGCAGCCAGGAGCCUCAAGGCCCAGGCCUCCUCAAGGUGUCAGGCCUAGAGCGCAGUCAGGAAAGGAGCCAGGAGAGCUGCAAAGACUCUCAACCUCCUGCUUCCAACAACCCCAGUCAGACUUCACCGCUGGAGGUCCUCCCUGUCCCUCAGCCACAGCCCUCGGGGCCAAGGCCACAGUCCCCUCCCUGGAGCCACACAAACGGCCCUACCCAGGUGGUGCCCCCUACACACCUGCCCCCACGUUCAGAGGCUCAUCCCCAGCCUCAGACAGCCACAGACCUGCCUCCGGUCCAGAGCCGCCAGGCAGCGCCGCCACCACCUCCUCGACCCCAGCACCAGCCUGAACUGCUUUCUUACCCCCAGCCACCACCGAGACCCAGCCCUCACCCACAUCCACCAUCACCUACCCUGAGAACACACCACUCCCACCAACAGCAUCCUAAUCAGGCAGGGCCCCACCGGCCCCCAUCACGCUGCAAUCCUCGACCCCUGUCUGCCUACAACAGCAUCAACCUUAACGGUCACAGCAGCAGAAGUAGUACCCCAGGCACCAAGCCCCACGGGCCUCCUGGUCCUUCCUUCCAUCUCCCCCACCACCCACCCCCUCCUAGUGCAGCAGCAGCGGCCUCCGCCUUCCCCCUGCCAUUGGCAGCUAACCAGAGCGCCCCCCACAGCUUCCCACCUGCCUUGCAGUCCUCGCCGCACCCACAUCACCCCAAUAUGUUCGCUCCUCCAGCAGCCUUGCCUCCACCACCUCCAUUGACGUCUAGCACCCUGCCAGUACCUGGACACCCUGCUGCUGGCGCUGCCUAUUCAGAGCAAGACCUUCUACGUCAGGAGCUCAACACCCGUUUCCUGGCCUCCCAGAGCGCUGACCGUGGUGCCUCCUUGGGCCCCCCGCCCUACCUGCGCACGGAGUUCCACCAGCACCAGCAUCAGCACCAGCAUCAGCACCAACACACCCACCAGCACACCCAUCAGCACACCUUCACGCCCUUCCCCCACGCCAUCAUGCCCACCCCAGCACCGCCCAUGGUGCGUACCCCUGCCAGAAAUUUUGAAAAAUACCCAACAAAAGUCGACCCCUUCUACAGACACAGUCUCUUCCACUCCUACCCACCGGCCAUGUCUGGCCUGCCCCCUGUCAUUCCUCCCACUGGGCCCUUCAGCUCGCUGCAGGGAGCCUUUCAGCCCAAGACCUCAAAUCCACUGGAUGUGUCCACGAGACCUGGAGCCGUCCCACACACAUUCUUACAGAAGGACCCCAGGCUAACAGAUCCGUUCCGGCCAGUUCUUAGGAAACCUGGGAAGUGGUGUGCCAUGCAUGUCCAUAUCGCCUGGCAGAUCUACCACCACCAGCAGAAAGUGAAGCAGCAGAUGCAGGUCGACCCUCACAAGCUUGACUUUGGCCUUAAACCCGAGUUUCUGAGUCGACCUCCAGGCCCUGGCCUCUUCGGCGCCAUCCAUCACCCCAGCGACCUGGCACGGCCCGCUACACUCUUCUCUGCGGCAGGUCCUACUCACCCAUCCGCAGGUCCCUUCAGUCAUCCACCCCACCAUCCAGGACACUUCCUUACCCCACCAUCUCACUUAGAACCCUACAGUAGACCAUCAGCCUUUGGAGGUCUGGGGUCACUGAGUUCAUCUGCAUUUGGAGGACUGGGAAAUCCAGCACUAAAAUCCCUAACAGCGGCUAACUCCCUAUUUGGCCACAAAGAUGGGCCAAACGCACAGCAGCACUUCAACAGCAGCAGUAACAACAGCCACCAAGAGCCUUGGAACCGCCUACACCGAACACCACCCUCGUUCCCCACCCCACCACCUUGGCUUAAACCUGGAGAGUCUGAGAGAAGCGCCUCUGUCAGCUCCCAUGAGAGAGACAGAGACUCAGACAAGAGAGAGCCGCUGGUCAGUAAAGACGACAAGGACAGGGAUUCUGUAGAGAAACGUCACCUCAGUCAUCCAUCACCUGUCUCGGUCAAUCCCAUCAGCCUCCUUGGCCACAGCAGACCUCCUGAGCCCCACAGGAACCAUUUGCCUUUAGCAUCUGGAGAGGCUCUGAGAGACAAGGAGAACAAGGUGAAGGACAGAGACAGAGACCAUUCAGAGUCCUGGAAAGACAAUGGCACAGAUGAGCACAAGCUCAAAGACAACCAGCACAGUGAGAAGGACACUCCUGUCAUCCACGACAGCCGGGUCUCGGAGGACAAAGUCUCUGGCAGGGGAACGGCGUCACCCUACAUCCGUCAGACCAGUUUAGAACGGCCCAAUAGUGGCCUAAGCAGGGAGAUGUUGGAGAAAAAGGUGGAACCUCCCUACGAGCACCAGAAGAAGAGCAGUGAAGUCAAAGUAAAGGAGGAGAGAAAAGAGGAGCAGGACCCAGCCUUAGAAAGGCCGAGUGAGCACCCAGCACAGGCACCGUCCACACCAAACCUUCACGUCCCUCCCACCUCAAUGCCCACACCUUUGGGAAUGGCAGGCGUCCACCCUAUCAACAGUAUGGGCAGCAUGGAAAGAACUCGAGUGGUGGCGCCCUUCAUGGGCAUCAGCCCCAUCCCAGGGGCUGACAGGUUCCCCUACCCUGCCUUCCACUGGGACCCUAUGAGGGAUCCUUACAGAGGCCUGGACAUUCACAGACGGGACCCUUUGGCCAGGGACCUGCUGCUGAGAAACGACCCUCUGCACAGGCUGGCGGCACCACGUCUGUACGAGGCCGAGCGUUCCUACAGGGACCGCGAGCCGCAUGAUUUUAACCGUGAACACGCCCAUUCUCUCGCCCUGGAGCAAAGGAGGGAGCAGGAGCGUGCUCACAUGGAGGAGCGUGAUCGCCUCAACAUGCUCAGAGAAGACUAUGAGCACGGUCGCCUUCACCCCGCGAUGCACCACCAUGCCCUCGAUGGACACCUUCCACACCCGGCUCCCGGCCUUAUGGCCCCUGGCCUCCCGGGGAUGCACUUCUCCAGAGUCAGUCCCUCAGCUGUAGCUGCUGCAGCAAAUGCCCAUCAGAAUGGCCUCCUCAACAAAACUCCACCCACAGCCUCACUGAGUGCCCCGCCCCCUCUCAUUCCUACACUGGGUGCCCGGUCCGGCUCGCCUAGACGGACUACUCCCCUGGCCACAGAUAUCAGGGACAGGCCAGCUCACAAAGACAUCGAGGCUCGAUGAGCUGCCUCUUCCCCCGACCUCACCCAGCCCUGUGCCUCAUUAACACUGAACUCACACCAAGCACUUAGCUCUGGGCAAAGAAAGAUUGUAACAUAGCUGUGAAUAAGGUAUGUGGACUGAGACCUGCCCACACAAUAAAUUGUUUUUGUAUAGAAAUACAAAGAGACAAUAAUCGUGGAACACAAACAUUUUUAAGAGUUUUUUUCCCCCCAAUUUUGCUCCAGCUGUUUGUGCCCAUUGUACAGCAAAGUGACUGGGAGUAGAAAUGAACAAUUCUGGAAUGUACAGGUACUUCAGCACUGACGUCAAAGUGUGUAGAUAAUGUGUACAGUCGCAGUGCUCUCCCUGUAUGGAUUACAAAUUAUGGUACAAAUAUGCAAAAGGGUUUUUUGAAAGCUUUACUUUGAACAAAUGUAAACCUGAGAAUUAGGGAGAUUCAGAUCGUGCUUGCUGUUUGUUUUUUUGUUGUACUGAUGAGCAUUGUACCAGAGAAACCCAUAUUCAACUAUGCAACAAACAUCUGGACCCCCUGUUUAUAAGCUGGCCUUCUUACUGCUACUGAUCAAACCGAUGACAGACACACAGCUGCAUUCUCUCCACAACUCAACCAUCUCUGCAAAGAAAGACGAGCUUUAAUUGAUACACAGCCUGGAAAAGGUUAGCAAAAAUUACCUUCAUGCUACAUUGACAAUAUUGUGUUGACAAUAUAUUGUGUUGACAAUCUUAGAAAAGCUGACAAAUGUUCUACAUUUCAGUUUUAUUUUUAUUGAAAAUGUCAGCAGCACACGUGUGACCAUUUUUAAAAAUGUUUUCUUUUUCCACUCAGUUACAGUAGCAAAGCUGUUGUUGUGGAGGGAAUACAGCCCAGUGACAUCGUCACACCACAUUAGCCCUGCUGGAAGAGUGUAAAGAACAUGUUCUGGAAAUGGGUUCUGUUGGUCCUACAGUGUAAUAAAUAAAGUGCUUUCUACAGUUGAUGUACCUACGAAAUGAAACCAGAAAAAAAAAUCAAGUCAAUUGCUGAGGACAGUUUGUUUCUAACAGGCAGAGAUCUAUUUUAGUAGUCCACUCUGGUUUAGUUGUACGCUUCACACUCUAUGAUAUCAUGUUCUGCAGUGUUUUUAACCCGACAAAAAUGACCACCAGAGCCACAGUGGUUAGUUCAAACAUGUUUCAAAAAGAUUGUAAAAUAAACUUUUUUGCUGUUUACUGUGUACAGGGAAAAAAUGAAGUCUUUCUAGAUCAUGUACAAAAGUAAGAAAAAAUGAAGUUACUGAAUCUUCAGCAUGCUCCUCAUUUAAACUUGUGUUAUGUAAAUUGUGCCAUGUUAUUAAAAACGGUGUACUUACCCUC